AUGGCCUCCUCAGAGAGGUUUACUUGUGCUAGAUGCCAGCAUUCCGGGCGCAAAUUCGUGCUUGGCUAUGAUUCGGAGGUCUUCAAGGCUCGUGGCAGAGCAGGUGCACUCGUCUGCUCCCUUGAUGUCCCAAGCACGGUUGCCGCAGAUCCCCCCCUUACAUUGCCGGGCAUGGACACACACCCACAAAAGGAGAGCAGACCCUUCAGUACGCAACAGGAGCAAGAGAAGAGUUCCUGGAGAAGUAAAAAGGUCAGCAAAAAGAAUGAGAGGACAAACGGAAUCACCGGCUUUCACGACGUGACGAUGCCUGUUUAUACGGGCGCGCAUGCCUUGUGGGACAGCGGUACCGGAGCCAACAUAGAUGUGAUCCGGAUGGCCGUCUUUCUCAAAGAUGAGGCAGUAGACACCCCACUCCUGAGUGAAGGCGUAUGCACAACCCUCAACCGAGGGUAUGCCAUCACUCACUAUGGAAAACUCGCAUCAGCGCCACUCCCAUCAAAGCAUGCGGACACCAUACGAGCUUUGAUGAUAGCCAUCGAAGCCGCUUUCCACUGA